AUGAGCGCGUUUAAACUCGACGAUAAUAAAACGCUGAACGACCCACGCGAUCUCUCGUUCAGUUCCCUAGCAGAGGAUAGCAGUCAAAGUUCUAUAUCAUCUGUUACUCAUAUGACUAUAUCUUCUGUAUCCGAUCACAAGGUUGUCGAAGAUAGUCCAGCAGAGCAUGGGGUUCUAAACAGUACCGUGAAGGCCCAAUCCGAGGUGGAAAAAUGUGAAAAUUUAUGCGGAAGUGAGGAAAUAGAAACAACAAACGACGUCGAUGAAUACGAUGCUCCGCCAGUUUCCUUAAAUUACGAUAAAAUAUUCGUUUUAAAUCAAGAAAAUCCAUCUUACUUUAAUUCUAAUAUAAGCGAUUGUGAUGUUUCUACGCACGGCGAUUGUGAUGUUUCUAUAUACGAUAAUUUCGAUUACGACAAAACAAUCCAGGAUGAAGAUUCCAAAGAUAGUGAUAAAACGAUUCAAGAUGAAUUUCUGACGAAUGAUCAAUGCGUGAAUUUUUUUAACAGUUUAACAGAAUUGCGAGAAAGUUUGGUUAGCAUUGAUUCGGAGUAUGAAAAAAUAUAUCAAAGAUAUAGUGAAGAAAAAUUUGUCGAUUCAGGAAUUUCCUUGACUAGUGGAUUAAACAUAGAAAAUGAUAGCAAAAUUUUUCAACAAGCUAUUGAUAAUUGUGAUAAUUAUGAUUCACAUAAUACUUCUGAAAAAAGCGAUAUCGUCGCUUGUAAAAUUGUUGAAGAAGACAUAAAAAAUAAAAAGAUGGAGCUUGCACAAAAUGUUACAUAUAUAAAUAUCGAAGAUUCUCUUCAAGAAAAACUAGAUAUAAAAAACACAUCAGUUUCAACGAUAGAAUCUAGUGAUUGUUUUAUAAGUAAUAAUGAGAGUUAUUUUAAAGCCGACCUGAAUUUACCGAGACAUAUGGAAGAGAACGCGAAGCAUAUGUUAAGCACCGAAGAAGACAGUAUCGAAAAUACGAUUACCGAAAUACAAAAAAUGGAUAAGAUAAUCAAGAAUCUCUGCAUCAGUGACGAUGAACAUCACGAUUCGGCGGAAGAACGAAUGAUAGAAGGCUUAUCCGCGAAAAUGGAGAAUGAUUACGAUGACGUGAUGAGGAAAAUUAUCGAAAGUUGCUCCGACGUUUCUUCCGACGCAGAUUUUCAGCAACAUUCACCGAUCCGCGAAAUCCCGAGUACAGAUCUCAUACGAUCGAGGAGCGAAUGUGUAAUUAAGAAGUUUCGAGGAGAUGAAUUUUUUCCGCGUCGUCGCGUCGUUUCCGAGACUGCCAUAGCUAAAGAAGAUAUAUUAAGAACUAUCGAGGAAGCGGAGAAAAUACUAACUGACGGUCCGUGUUGGGACACGUUGGAAACAAAUGCUAAUCAGACAACAGAGAAUUAUCGCAAAGACAAUUCGUCGGAGAAAUCUAUGGAAAAGAUAAAAGGUGAUAAAGAGCAUGAGAAUGCAAAUGAAACAGUAAAUCAAAUAAAAAUUGAUUUCGUUAAGAAUGAUGAUACUAAAAUAAAUUCAGCAAAUACGGUGAUUGAAGAGAUGGCAAUCCCGGAGUCUGACAUUGUUGAAAGCAAUUUGCAAAAAUUAGCUGAAAUUACAUGUCCUGAUCGUCCCAGAUCGCGUAUCGAGAUUCGGGAAACUUUGGAAAAGAUAGCUGAAGAAAAGAGGAAAAUAGAAGAUCGGAAGAAAAAAUCGCUAGAGAAAUUAUCUAAGAAAUUCAAAGAAAUCGAUAAGCUCGUUGCCGAUCACAAUUAUCCUUUUUAUGUAUCUGAUUCUUGUGAGCUCAAAACUCCAGACGAUGUCGCCGUCGAGUCUGACAGUCUCGAUGAAUUUCAGGUUCGGAUUGAUCCGGAGAAUUUCGAAGUUCCUCUAACAAAAUCCGAAAUAACUGAGAAUUUGAAAAUCGAAGAGUUGGAAAAAGAACUCGCGGAUGAAAUGGAAGAGCACAAGAAACUUAUGGAUGAAUAUCAGAAAAUUAUUACUACGGAUUUAGAGAAAAUUCAGUUGACUUUGGAGUCAGGAUCGAUACAGGUUUGUAAUGACGUAAAUAUUGAUGAAGAAGCCAAAAAUAAAUCUAAAGAUGACGAAAAAAUGAAUGAGGAAUUUUCAAAUGAAACGUCUGAAAUAAUGAAUGAUACAACGGCGAUUAAAAUCGAUUCAGAAUCCGACGAUUCUUUCAUGGAAGAGUUUAAAGAACCAGAAAAGACGUACAUCAAAGGAAAGAUUUAUGAUUUUGACGAGAAAAAGCACGGUGUUAGAAUGACAGAGGAACUAAUCAGGAAGCACUGCAAGGAACACAAACUCUAUGAGACUCCGUAUUUGAACGACGUUUUGUAUUUGCACUAUAAAGGCAGAUUUUCCUUCAUCGAGAAUCUCGAAAAAUACACAGGUCUGAAAUGUUUGUGGCUAGAAAGUAACGGUAUACGCGAGAUUGCUAAUUUGGAAAAUCAGAGCGAACUCAAAUGCCUGUAUCUGCACCACAACCUUAUCAGUAAGAUCGAGAAUCUCGAUUGCCUAACGAAGCUCGACACCCUGAACCUCUCGCACAACACGAUACAGAGGAUCGAGAAUCUCGGUAACUCGGAGUCGCGAAGCGGCCUCAAGUUCCUGAACAACCUGAACCUGUCGCACAACUAUCUACGAGAAACCGCUGACAUCGAGCAUCUCCGUCUACUGCACGCGCUCUCAAUCUUGGAUAUCUCUCACAACAAGAUCGACACCUGCGACGUCGUUGACAUUCUGGGAGAUAUGAAGUCGCUGCGUGUUUUAACGUUGACCGGCAAUCCAGUGCUCAAGCAGAUAAAGAUGUAUCGCAAGACAAUGAUUCUUAAAUGCAAGAAUCUUCAGUAUCUAGACGAUCGACCAGUAUUCCCACGCGAUCGUGCCUGCGCCGAGGCCUGGAUGCGCGGCGGCGUCGACGAGGAGGUGGCCGAGAGGAAUCGAUGGAUCCAGGCGGAGCAGAAGAAAAUUAACGACAGUGUCAUGGCCCUGAUAAACAAAAGGAAGCUGUGCAAACCGGUCGGGGCGUCCGAAAAGGAGGCGAUGGAUAAGAAGAAGAAAGAGAAGGAGGAGGAGGAGGAGGAGAACGAAGAAGUCGCCACGAAAUCAAACGUGCGCGCCACAACGAGGAGCAGCGGACUGGUAAGAACUAGUUUCGUCAAGGUCUGGUACAGAAUUCGUGCUUUGAAUAAUAUCACCAUCAUCGGUCCCGUCGGCUAUUUGAUCAUUCACGACCUCGAUUUGGAAAGGAAGAAAAAAUCCGAAGACCGAUCCUUCCUCGGUUCCUACAACUCUCCAUCGUCGUCGUCGUCGUCGUCAUCGUCGGAAGACGAACAGCUCGCAAGCGACGAAGAAAACGAACGCAGGCGGCAAAAAGGAGGCGAGGAAAGUGACGGAAGGAGGCCAAUGGCGGAGCAAGAGAGAAAAGUUUCCGAUGGAAACAACGGGGAACUUCUGCUGCCUUGGAAAGUCGAGGUUCAAGAUGAAAUUCAGCCGCCAACACUGAUUGAAGAAAUAUCGGAAUCCAAUAAUCAACAAUAUAUUGCUGAUGACGCAGAAAGGAAAUCGCACGAGACACAAAUUUUGGAUAAUUAUAAAAGUAUACAUGAUCCACUCGGUGAUCGUAUCAUCGAUACGGAAACUGCUACUUAUAGGAAAGUAGUAUUGGAGUCGCAUAUAGAAAAAGAACAGACAGCAGAUCUGCAAAAAUCGAUCGAUGACAAUAAUGAAGCAAAUGGUCGUAAAAACGAGACAGCAUCUACCUGUUCAGUAUCGUGUGACACAUCGGAUUUAAAGCAGAUAUUAGAAGAAGAUGCAAAUACAGUCACUAACAUGAAAGAUGAUCCAUCGAGUAAAAAUAACAAGAGCUAUCAAAGAAAAAGCAAAGAAUAUCCGUUCGGUUCUAAACUUAGCAGUAUCCGAGAAGAGAUAAGAGAAUUCUGCGACAGUAUGGAUAGGUUUGUUGACGAAAACAAGAUAGUGUUCAAGAACGGUAAGGUGGAAGGAUUCUGGGGCGAGAGAAAGAUGGUGGACGAGAAUUUGCAAACUGAUUUUGUUGAUGAUAGCAAGAUCCAAGAAACCGGGACCAAGGUUUCCGCGAGCGAGGAAGAUAAACUGCAAUGGUGGAGUACCAAGGAAAGAAAACUGAAGGUCAAGGAGAUCCUAAAGAAACGAGAGGACGAAGCAAAGAGAAACAAAGUGGAGGCAGAAGAUGCCGAAAUAAAUGAAAAAUUCGAUAGCUGUUCGUCGGAGGAUAAAAACCAGCAGACUGAUAUUACAAAUAAUUUUCAGGAUAUCUACGACUUGAUGACACUGAAAACUUGCCCGUCAAGUGCCCUCCCGGAUUCGACGGAAACAUAUUCCAUAAAAAACGAGGAAAAUUAUGACUGCGAGCAAUCUGUAAAGAUACAGCAAGAAGAAUCGCGCGGGGUGUUCAGCAGCCUCUUUGCUGAAUUGAGAAAUCGGGAUUGCGUACAAAAAAUACACGAACCGGAAGUUUCAACUGAAUUAAUGGUUCUAGAGGAAAGAUUGGAUUGUGAAACAGCCACUAAUAUGAAGAAAGAUCUUGUUGAUUACAAUGAAAAGUGCGAAAAUAUUGUAGAGGAUAAUUCUGUAAAAAUCGAAAUUUUGGAAGACAAAGUUAACGAUCUUUCACUUGAAUCUUCGGAAGGAAAGAAAAACAUCGAUGAAUCCGAUGACGAUUCCUUUAAGACAGCAACAUCCGUUCAAGAAGACUCUCAAAUUUCGGGAAGCAAUUAUGAAUCAUCGGAAGUUUUAAGAUUGACUAAUACGGAAAAUAAUUUUGACAAAAUUACCGAUUCAAUUAAAAGUAAAAAUAUUAAUCAGUUGGUAGAUAAUCAUUGGAAGGAAAUAAUUUUAAAUAAAGAACAUAACGACGCGAUUUGUGAAAAUAAGAAAAUCAAUGAUGAAUCAGAAAAAUCUGAUAAAAUCGAGAUAUCAAAAACAGAGCGAGAAUUUUCAACGGAAAUUGAAAAAUCUAAUUCUCAAAGGGAAUCGCUCGUUCGAACGAUAAAUCGUUUAUCCCUAGAAAGACCGAGUCGCUCUUCAAAACUAACGGGUAAAAGAAUUCGCGAAGCGGAAGAUAUCGAGGUCAGCAACAAGAAAUCUUUCCUUAUCGAGGAAAUAAAACCCGGAAGAAAACCGGAGGAACGCAAGUCUCGUAGCCAAAUUUCUGAGAGAUGCAGACAGCAUCUGAUACAAGAAACGAAGAAAUUCGCGAGAAAAGUAUCACCGUUGAUCGACAAAUGCAUAACAAAUCUGAUAAAAGAAACGGAAGGUACAGACGAAAAAUCGCAAUGUCAUAAAUCUAAUCGAAGUCUCGGAGAAUAUCUGUCAUCUGGUUGCAUCUCGAAAAUGGAUCUUAAUAAGCCCGCAGGCGAUUUUGGAGAACGAAACAAUUGUCGCGAUAAGUCUAACGAUGUAACAAAUACAUAUUCUGAAAAACAAGAAUUGAUGACGGAACAAACGAUCAAUUCGCAAUCCGGCGCGUCAGCUAAUCAUUCUGAUAUUCAAUCGCUUGCCAAUCUUUUACAACAAUCCAAAAACUAUAAGUCAGAGUCUCUCGCGAUAAAUGCAUCAUUUUACAAAGAAUUUUGCGAUCAUCUGCAUGAAUUAGAAAGCAGAAAGAAAUUGUUGAUUAAGCCAGAUUUUACAAUGGACAAUCAAGAAUCAAAAGAAAUAUUAUCGGAUAAUAAAUUACAGAAAACAGAAUGUUUGAUAAAGAAAUCAGUUAAACCGCUGAUCGAAGAGAUUUCUAAAUGUCCUACAACGUCUAAAGAACAAACUUUCGAGCAAAAAGAAAUUAAACAACAAUCACAAACUAUUUCCCAUUGUCAACAAAUAGAUGUUGCCUUCAGAAUGUCCGAAGAAACAGUUGAGAUUCCUGAUGAUUUUCAAAACCACAUUAAGCGAGAAAGCGCAGAUAACUUGAAAGAAGAAAUAAAAGUUGAAACAUUUUCAACAUCAUGUACAGUAGAAAACGCAGAAUGCAAGGAAAAAUGUGUAUUGCCAAACGAGGAACGCAAAAUCGUCACGACAAAUAUAAAAAAGAGUAUAGAAAUGCAAGUUGCACAGGAGAAUUAGAAGGAAUCAAAGUUUUACUAUAUUAUUCUUAAAUAAACAAUCGCAGUUACUUAAUGCACGUUAAUGUACUUGAUCGAAGGCAAAUUGUAAAACUAAGAAUGAAUUUGACUUUUGAGGGAAUAGGUUUUCGCGUGAUCGGAGAAUUUGUUAUAGAUGACAUAUAACGUUCGUUAGUUUAAGUUCAUAGAAUGUUCAAUAUUUUUCUUGCUUUUCUAUUUGAAAUAAAUGUGUUACCUUCAAGACUCAUUUUAAAUGCGGGAACUUUGAAACUUGUUCGAAAGAAACGGCAGGUUGUGGAAUGGGUCGACCUUCUACUACGUACACUUUAUUUUUGUGUCCACACUCACAUCAAUUAUAUAAUAAUAAUAAUCAUAAUAAUGACGAUGGCGGUGAUGUCGAUGAACCAUAAUUAAUAAUAGUAAUAAUAAUUAAUCCGUAAUUAUGUGCAAUGAUAACCGGUCGCACGCGAAAGAAAUGGUAAUCUCUGUCACGUUAUUAAAUA